AUGCCGAAAAGUCCCACAUCACGCUGUGCGAUGAAGGAAAAGAGCAAGAACGCGGCCCGAUCGCGGCGCGAGAAGGAGAAUGCCGAGUUUCUCGAGCUGGCCAAACUGCUGCCGCUGCCGAGCGCCAUCACGUCGCAGCUCGACAAGGCGUCCAUCAUCCGGCUGACCACGUCCUACCUGAAGAUGCGCCAAGUCUUCCCGGAGGGCCUGGGGGACGCGUGGGGCUCGCAGCACAUCCCGAACAAUCCGCGCGACCUCGCCAUCAAGGAGCUUGGGUCGCACCUGCUCCAGACGCUGGACGGAUUCAUCUUCGUCGUCGCACCGGACGGCAAAAUUAUGUACAUCUCCGAGACGGCCUCGGUACACCUGGGGCUGAGCCAGGUCGAGCUGACGGGGAACUCGAUCUACGAGUACAUCCACAACUACGACCAGGAUGAGAUGACGUCGGUGUUGUCGCUGCAGCCCAACAUGUUCGUCACCUCACCGGCUGGCGGCGGUGGCGGUGGUGCCACCAUGGCCGACGUCCAGGGCUCGUCGGCACUGCUCGGAACCGGUGCCACCGUUCUCGCCAUGGUCGGAGAUACCGUAGCAGCGGCGGCGGCAGCCGCCGCGGCUGCCGCGGUGGAAUCACCCAUCUCACCCUUCGCCGGAUUGCUCCAACCGGCGACGCCUGAAUCCCCUCCACAGGCCGUCAGUGCGUCGGGUCAGCCAGCAGGACUGACGCCUAGUGAUCUACCCGCAAUGCAUCACCACCGUCAACAUCACCAUCAGCAACAGCAACAGCAACAGCAACAGCAGCAGCAGCUGGCCGAAAGCCUUUCUCCACUCGGUUCGGCCUCGAGCACACCGUUCGUUGGCGCGGCGUACGGGUACGGGCAGCCACACCAACACCACCACGGGGGGAACUAUCACCAGCACCAGCACCACCACCAUCACCACCACACCUACGGUCAGCACCAGCACUCGCAGACGAUCGAGAUCGAGCGGACGUUCUUUUUGCGCAUGAAGUGCGUGCUGGCGAAGCGGAACGCUGGCCUCACGACGAGCGGCUACAAGGUGAUCCACUGCUCGGGCUACCUGAAGGCUCGGAUCUACCCGGGUGACGCAACGUACGGCGAUGGGCACAGCUGCAUACAGAACCUGGGCCUGGUAGCGGUCGGUCACUCGCUUCCACCGUCGGCCAUUACGGAAAUCAAGCUGUACCAGAACAUGUUCAUGUUCCGUGCCAGCAUGGACCUAAAGUUGAUUUUUCUCGACGCCAAAGUCGCCCAGCUGACGGGGUACGAGCCGCAGGAUCUGAUCGAGAAAACGCUCUACCAGUACGUCCACUCGGCCGACAUUCUCCAUAUGCGCUACUCGCAUCAAAUCUUAAUGUACAAGGGGCAGGUUACGACGAAGUACUAUCGAUUCCUUACGAAGGGUGGCGGCUGGACGUGGGUGCAGUCGUACGCCACCGUCGUCCACAAUACGCGGUCCUCGCGCCCACACUGCAUCGUCAGCGUCAAUUACGUGCUUAGCAAUCAGGAAGUACAGGACCUGCUGCUGAACGAGGUGCAACACUCGUCAGGUGGCAACCACGCGCACCAGCACCAGCCGGCAAGCGUGAAACCGGAGGUAGUAUCGGUUGUCAGCAGCAAGAACACGAGCACCAACAGUGACGCAUCGAACGACCGCAGCAACGAGCCGGCUACGGCGCUAGUGGCGUCGGUGACCCCGAGUACGGCUGGCGUUCCCACGCACAUGUCUCCGGUCGGUGGGACGUUAGCAACCCGCAGUUCGACGAACACGGUACCAUCGCAUCAGGCGACGGCCUACCAGUACGGUGCACUGGCGCCGAUGCCGAAGGACUACCAACAGGCGGCCCCGCUGCAGGCCCCGGACCAGCAACAGCAGCAUCAGCAGCAGCAGUACCCGCAGCACUACCAGCAGGUGCACCAGCAGGACCAGCACCAUCCCCAGCCGCAUCACCAACAUCACCAGCAGCAGCAGCAACGCCAGCCGUAUCAGCAGCAGCAGCAGGCGAACUUUAUUCAGUUGGCCGCGCUGGACGGUGACGCCAGUAUGGGAGCGGUGCCGGUGGGGCCUUCGGCCUGUUUGGUCGCCCAAGGCCACGGAGUCGCGCCACCGAUGGCCCUGCACACCGCCGCGCACGACAGCUACGAGCUGCAGAUGGCCGGAUACGAUGGGUCUGCCGGCGGCGGCGGCGGUGAGCCGACCGGUGGCUACUGCCUGAACCUGGGCGGUGGCCCGGAGCCCGGUUCCGGCCAACCGGAAACGGCCGACGCCGGACCGUUCCUGGAGCCGUACUACGAGCAGUUCUACGGUGGCGGGUACGACACCCGGCACGAUCCGCUCGGGUUGCGCCCGUUUUCGGCCAGCUCGAACAGCUGCAGCAGCUCGGAGGGGGACGGCCCUCCAAUCGGCUCGGCUCAGGUGCAGCACUCACAACAACAGGCUCAACAACACCAGCCCCAGCACCACCACCACCGGCACCAGGAACCGGCGCGACAUUCGGUCUAUGCCGGUGGUAUUGGCGGUGACGGUGAUGGACAUCACGGAAACGUGCAGCCUCUCGGUGCCCCCAUGCUCUCGGCGGUGGUGUCAGGCGGUGGUGUGCUGAGGCAGGUGAGCAACCCGACGUCUGGGCUCGAUUACGGUGAUCUGCUGGAGACCGACAGUGUCGAUGAGCUGCACUUUGCUUCCCCGAAUGGACAUCACCUCCAUCAGCAGCAGCACCAUCAGCAGCCCCUUCAAACUGACCACCAUCCACACUACCACAAUCAUCUCCAGCGGGUGGGAUCCUACCUCUACGAGGCGCCCCUGAAUGGGGGCAAGGCACGUGCCACGGACUCCCCAUUUGACACCGUACUCUCGCAGCAGCAACGCUCCUUGCACGGCUACCUGGAAGAUACCUCGGUACCGGAGCAGCAGGGUCCGCUCGGCGAACCAAUGGACGAGGCGGCAUCGGCACUGAUCCACAGCCUCGACAAGCUGUCACCGAAGCUAGCGACUGCGGCGGCUUCCGCCGGACGCAGCACCACGGCCAUAACGGCCAACGAGAGCUUAAUUAAUAACAACGCUAAUCACUGUAAUGGCGGCACUAACGGCGACCCAACCGCCAAUCAGCAUCAUAAUGGCCACUAUCCACACCCGCACCACCACCACCUCGACCAGCGCAACAACAAAAACAAAGUCAACAACAAUGACAGUAAGAUUAGCAACAACAACAACAACAACAGCGACAUUUCCCAUAGUGCCGGCAAGCGGUACGCGUCCCGUACGUCCGUCGUGGCACUAGCCGACCGGCCGGAGGACGUCCAGGAGCAGCACUACGCCGACAGUGCGUUCGGUUCCCAGUACACGAGCGUCAUAGUCGAGUCGUCGUCGGCGUCCUCGUCCUCGCCAACGUCGUCGUCUUCGUCGUCCUCAACGUCCUCGUCUUUGCCGCAGGCGGCGGCGGCGGCGGCGGCGGCGGCGGCGGCGGCCGGCGAGUUUGGCCGCACUUAGGCGGGCCGCCACACUCCGUUUUGCGAGGCACUUUAAUCUGAGCGGAUUACGGGCGUUCCAGCACUCCCUUUUUUAUGCCGGUGAACCCAGCUCCCACGCGAAACGGGAUGUUACGGGGGGAUGUGUUCGGAUAUCCGGACUUCAAUCACCAGCCGGUCGCCGGUUUGGGGAUUGAGUUUGAUUGCGUUAAUAAGUGUUUUUGUUUGCUUGCUUAACUUGAUUAAUAUAAUG